CUGUUUCAAAAAUUGCCUGUGCACAUUAACGCCUUCAAUAUAUACAAGCCUAUGGAUUGAUAAAGUUGUUUUUCGUGUGACAAGCUCAGCCAAUAUAUUAUAUAUAUAUACAUGUAUACAUAAACUAUCAUCGGCGUGAACGUAGAAAAGCAAUAUUUUAAACGUGAAAUCACCUUUCAGAAGGUUUCAAAAAAAUUUCACAGGGUUAAGUGAUAAAUUCGUCGACUUUUCUCUUAUCUGUUAUACAAACAAGAAAAUCGAAGUGUAAAGUAAUCUUAUAUAAUAUGGAGGGAUAUUAUUAUUCGCAUCAUAUUAAUCCAGCACAAAAGGAAUCUUGUGGAAAUUCUGUUGCACCUGGUUACCCUUCAAGCUGUUACAACCAACCGCAGUUACCACCACAACCCGCUCCUCAUUGCGUCUCACCAGCCAAUACAGAUCCGUGGAAUCCAUCACAAAUAAGCUAUCCAAAUCAUCAUCAGUAUUACCCUCAUGGAUAUCCUGGUUAUUAUCACGGCAUUUCAUCGCCACCGGACGUUCCUUUGCCGUAUAAUCAGCCUAGUUGCAGCGGAGGGAGCGGGUCUUACUACCACUCCGGCCCACCGCCGCCGCAAGGCUAUGGUGGCAUAACUUAUGAAAACGAAGACCAAGAGGAUGGCGAUGAAAAUAAAAUUAUGGUAACAUUGGAAAACAAACAACUAUGGAAGGAUUUUCAUGAUGUUGGCACCGAAAUGAUUAUAACAAAAACGGGAAGACGCAUGUUUCCGCCGAUUCGAUUGCGAGUAAACAAUCUAGAACCAAAAUCAAAAUACGUCUUACUAAUGGAUAUAGUGCCGGCAGACGAUUGCCGUUAUAAAUUUAACCGUGGGAAUUGGUUGAUAGCCGGCAAAGCUGAUCCCGAAAUGCCGAAAAGAAUGUAUAUACACCCCGAAUCGCCCAACACUGGCAGUCAGUGGAUGCAAAAAGUUAUAUCGUUUCACAAACUAAAACUGACGAAUAAUUUAUCGGAUAAAAACGGAUAUACAAUUCUAAAUUCCAUGCAUAAAUAUCAGCCUCGAUUCCAUGUUGCCAAAGUCAGUGACGUUUAUAAAUUACCAUGGGCCAAUUUCAAGACAUAUGUAUUUAAAGAAAACGAAUUUAUUGCGGUUACAGCUUAUCAAAAUGAAAAAGUGACAAAGUUAAAAAUUGACCAUAACCCCUUCGCAAAGGGAUUCCGUGAAGAUGGAGCAGCCGGGAAGCGUGGCUUCAGGCAAUCAGAUGAAGAUAGUCAUGACUCGAAUUCGCUUACACCUGCAAAACCACCGGGAACUCCAAAAGCUGAAGAAGAGACACAAAGCACUCAGAAUUCGACAAAUGUAUCUCCAGAGUCUGGUAUAUCAUCAUUAAAUUCUACGCCUAAAAAACUAAAAACUUCAUGCGAUAGUAACGAAAAAAAGAUGAUCCCACAGGAUCGCUUGUCUCUAAAUUAUAGCACAUCAAAGAACUCACCACCAAGUGCUCAUAACGGACCUUCUGACUAUAUGCCUGGCUCAACAUCGUGUAUAUAUCCACAACAUCCGUAUAUGGAGGUGAAGAAGGAACAACUAUCCAAUCACGAACUGCCGCACGCAUGGCCGAAUUAUGGCUUUAACCCUGCGUAUCCUAAUAUUCAUAACGUAUUCACUCAAAUGAUGGGUCACAGAAACUCAACGUGUAGACAUGGUCUCACUUCAUGCCAAGUUUGCAUGCCUUCUAUAGGAUAUUCACAUUAUUCGAGUGUAGAUUCAGGAAGGUGAGUUCACACUACAAAAAUUUUCAGUCGAUGACAAUCGCACUUGGACAGUUGCAUUUGAUGUUCGGCACCUUAGCCCAACCAAAAAUAAAGCUACGUUUGAAUUUUUUUGUCGCAUUUUUAGUCUAUCUAACACUUUUUUUAGAUUUAAAAAUAUAUAAGAUUUUAUAAUUUAUUAUACUAACAUUCUCCUCACUCACUAUUUAUGUAAAAAACAAACAAAGAAAGAUCUGCUUUCUACAGAACAUUUAAAAUGAUCUGGAUUUACUAAGAGACUCACAAAUUUGAACAUGUACAAAAGAAUGUGCUGUUUUGUGGAUAACAUUCAGCUCCUUCUAUUAAACAUUCGGCCUCUAAAAAAAUGUAACGAAGGGUAUUCUUUAUUCCCUGAAAUUUCUUUGUAUUCCUGCUUUAAAUUGUAGAUUUGUUUCUCUCUUACUACAAGCAAUGAAAUUAUAUGUUCUAGAUUUUUAUUUCCAUGCAUUUACCACAACUCGCUAACGCAAGUUGAGGUCUUGGUAAAGGCUACUUUCAAAUGUUUAUUGGCGGCAACUCUCAGUGUUUUUUAAAUUUAGGCAUUCGCCUACAUUUUCGCAGCUUUGGAAGUUGAGAACAGUCAACUUCUAAGCAGACUUUUUGCCAACCAAUAAAAAUUUAGAAAACGCUGCCAUCAUUAAUGUAAUAGAAAUGGAACAUACUGAGCGCCGACGUUAAAACGCUGAGAGCUGUGACGGUGAACGCUUUAAUUUAUAGCAGCCUUUAGUUUUGUUGUAUACGACACUUUUAGAUAUGGUAUUUCUUUUUUUAAGUUUUUAAUAUUAUUUUUGGUGCAAUAUUAAUGUAAUAUUACCCAGUAAUUCAUGUAUAUUUUUGGUUGGUAAACACUGUAGUAUAAAUACAUUUUAUAAGAAAUUCAAAUUGUUUACAACAAUGAAUAAGGUAGAAUACUCACAUUUUAAAAGAAAAAAAGAAAUAAAAGUCGUUUUUUACUUUUUAUUUUGUGUUUUUGCAACUGUAACUUUAUUGAUUAAAAGUUUUUACACAGAAUGUUAUAAAGAAGGAAAAAUAGGUAUGCCUUCUUAAUGCACAUCUUUCAAAGAAAAACAAAGCUCGAUUUACGCCUGUAUUUGUUUACCGUAGCUUGCUACCAUUUUAUUUACUAUUUAUCAAAGUGGACAUUGAUUGUAUAUAUGUUCAGAAGUUCCGCGUCUGUUUAUUGAUGUUAAAAGAUAAUUUUAUCAAUUCUUAGAUGUACCUACAUCUUUUAAAACAAUUCGAAGUUAUUGCUCGUAUUUUUUAGUUAUUUCGGGAAGAAAAAUAAACGGUUAAAAGGGGGAAAUGUCUAGUCUCGUUUCCAUUCAAGUGAAAAAGAAUUAGUACAGUGUUCCGCAAUUUGGUGGUAUAUUUUGCUUACUGUUUUUUUUUGUUAUUGUCUGAAAUGUUUUACUAAAAAUAUAUUAAAAUUAACUUUUUUCUGCUGGUAGCAAUGGAUAUGUCAAAAACAACAUUGCAAGUUCAUCCAUUUUUUAAUUGGGGAUUUCCGCCUGAAUUAUCUGAUUAUCAUGUC